AUGUGACAGCGUCCUCAGAUCAAAACAGACGAGGAUGACAAAGCAGCUUCUUCUCUGCCAGUGUUUCCUCUACACAUGAAGGUGGAAAGUGUCUGAAAGUUUGCCCGAAGUGAGUUCAGCAGAAACCCAACAAUUCCCACCAUGAGCAAGCACUUGGCCAGGCAAGGAGAAACCUGCAUUUAACAGCUGAAGCUCAGAGUCUCUGUGACCGGAUGUGGAUCAGCUGAACAUCCUCAGUGUUGUUGCGGUGACAGAGUGCAGCUCUGCAGCAGCUGUGGGCUCUGCUAUGGAUCAGAGUGAAGACAGAGAGGAGGGAGUCCCUCAGAGAGUUCAGCAGGAGAGCUCAGAGUUUCUCAGAGGUCAGUCUGCCCAGCGACCUCAAACAGACCUGGACUCCAUAUUUAUGCUGCUGGAGGAGAACAUCAUCACUUUUGCGAAGAACGAGCUAAAGAAAGUCCAGAGGGUUCUGAGUCCAGAGUACCCAGAAUACUUAGAGAGUCAGAGUGAGGAUGAGGAGGUGUUGGACGGUGAGGAUGAAGAGCAGAGGAGGAGCAGCAGAGAGGCAUUUCUGAAAAUCACACUACACUUCCUGAGGAGGAUGCAGCAGGAGGAGCUGGCUGAGCGUCUGCAGAGCAGAACUCAUGCUACAGUGUGCCAACGUAAACUCAAGUCUACCCUGAAGAAAAAGUUCCAGAGUGUGUUUGAGGGGAUUGCUAAAGAUGAAAACCUAAUCCCUCUGAACCAGAUCUACACAGAGCUCUACAUCACAGAGGGAGGGACUGCAAAAGUCAAUGAUGAACAUGAGGUCAGACAGAUUGAAACAGCAUCCAGGAAACCAGACAAACCAGAAACAACCAUUAAAAAACAAGACAUCUUUAAAGCCUCACCUGGAAGAGAUGAACCAAUCAGAACAGUGAUGACAAAGGGAGUGGCUGGCAUUGGGAAAACAGUCUUAACACAGAAGUUCACUCUGGACUGGGCUGAAGACAAAGCCAACCAGGACAUACAGUUCAUAUUUCCAUUCACUUUCAGAGAGCUGAAUGUGCUGAAAGAGGAAAAGUACAGCUUGGUGGAACUUGUUCAUCACGUCUUCACUGAAACCAAAGCAGCAGGAAUCUGCAGGUUUGAAGAGUUCCAGGUUGUGUUCAUCUUGGACGGUCUGGAUGAGUGUCGACUUCCUCUGGACUUCCACAACAAUGAAAACCUGACUGAUGUUACAGAGUCCACCUCAGUGGAUGUGCUGCUGACAAACCUCAUCAGGGGGAACCUGCUUCCCUCUGCUCGCCUCUGGAUAACCACACGGCCUGCAGCAGCCAAUCAGAUUCCUCCUUGGUGUGUUGACAUGGUGACAGAGGUCAGAGGUUUCACUGACCCACAGAAGAAGGAGUAUUUCAGGAAGAGGUUCAGAGAUGAGGGUCAGGCCAGCAGAAUCAUCUCCCACAUCAAGACAUCACGAAGCCUCCACAUCAUGUGCCACAUCCCAGUCUUCUGCUGGAUCACUGCUACAGUUCUGGAGGAGGUGUUGGAGACCAGAGAGGGAGGAGAGCUGCCCAAGACCCUGACUGAGAUGUACAUCCACUUCCUGGUGGUUCAGACCAAACUGAAGAACAUCAAGUAUGAUGGAAGAGCUGGGACAGACCCACACUGGAAUAAAAAGAGCAGGAAGAUGAUUGGGUGUCUGGGAAAACUGGCUUUUGAGCAGCAGCAGAAAGGCAACCUGAUCUUCUAUGAAUCAGACCUGACAGAGUGUGGCAUCGAUAUCAGAGCAGCCUCAGUGUACUCAGGAGUGUUUACACAGAUCUUUAAAGAGGAGAGAGGGCUGUACCAGGACAAGGUGUUCUGCUUCGUCCAUCUGAGCGUUCAGGAGUUUCUGGCUGCUCUUCAUGUCCAUCUGACCUUCAUCAACUCUGGUGUCAAUCUGCUGGCAGAAGAACAAACUACAUCCUGGUGGCCUGAAGUGUUUGGAGGUAAAUCAACACAUUUCUACCAGAGUGCUGUGGACAAGGCCUUACAGAGUUCAAAUGGACACCUGGACUUGUUCCUCCGCUUCCUCCUGGGUCUUUCAGUAGAGACCAAUCAGUCUCUCCUACGAGGUCUACAGACACAAAGGAGUAGCUCAAAGACCAACCAGAACACAGUCCAGUACAUUAAGAAAAAGAUCAGUGAGAAUUUGUCUGUAGAGAAAAAUAAUCUGUUUCACUGUCUGAAUGAACUGAAUGACCGUUCUCUAGAGGAGCAGAUCCAACCAUUGAGUUCGGGAAGUCUCUCCACAGCUAAACUCUCUCCUGCUCAGUGGUCAGCUCUGGUCUUCAUCUUACUGUCAUCAGAAAAACAUCUGGAGGUGUUUGACCUGAAGAAACAUUCUGCUUCAGAGGAAGCUCUUCUGAGGCUGCUGCCAGUGGUUCAACACUCCAACAAAGCUCUGCUGAGUGGUUGUAAUCUGUCAGUGAGAAGCUGUGAAGCUCUGUCUUCAGUUCUCAGCUCCAAGUACUCUAGUCUGAGAGAGCUGGACCUGAGUAACAACAACCUGCAGGAUUCAGGAGUGAAGCUGCUUUCUUCUGGACUGAAGAGUCCACACUGCAGAGUGGAAAAUGUCAGGUUGAUUGUUUGUAACCUCUCAGUGAGAAGCUGUGAAGCUCUGUCCUCAGUUCUGAGCUCCCAGUCAUCUAGUCUGAGAGAGCUGGAUCUGAGUAACAACAAAUUGCAGGAUUCAGGGGUGAAGCUGUUGUCUUCUGGACUUAAGAGUCCACACUGCAGAUUGUCAGUUCUCAGAUUGAGAGACUGUAAUCUGUCAGAGAGAAGCUGUGAAACUUUAUCGUCAGUUCUCAGCUCCCAGUCCUCUAGUCUAAGAGAGCUGGACCUGAGUAACAACAAACUGCAGGAUUCAGCCUUGAAUUUGCUGUCGUUUGGACUGAAGAGUCCACACUGUACACUGGCAACUCUCAGGUUGAUUGGCUGUUACCUCUCAGAGAGAAGCUGUGAAGCUCUGUCCUCAGUUCUCAGCUCCCAGUCCUGUAGUCUGAGAGAGCUGGACUUGAGUUACAACAAUGUGCAGGAUUCAGGAUUGAAGCUGUUGUCUGCUGGACUGAAAAGUCCACACUGCACACUGGAAACUCUAAGUCUGUCAGGCAGUCUGAUCACAAAGAAAGGCGGUAAAUCUCUGGCCUCAGCUUUGAGCUCCAACCCCUCCAAUCUGAGAAAGCUGGACCUGAGCUGCAAUCAUCCAGGAGACUCAAGAGUGAAGCUGCUGUCUGCGGGACUGGAAGAAUCGCACUGCAAACAGGACACUCUCAGCAUUGACCGUGGUGGACUGCAGAGGCCAAAAUGUGGGGUCAGAAAGUAUGCCUGUGAACUGGAACUGGACACAAACACAGCAAACAGAAACCUCAAGCUGUCUGACAGCAACAGGAUGGUGACAUAUUCGACAGAGGAUCAGUCAUAUCCUGAUCAUCCAGAAAGAUUUGUCUGCCCUCAGCUGAUGUGUACAAAUCGUCUGACUGGUCUCUAUUACUGGGAGGUCAAGUGGACAGGCAUGGUUGAAAUAGCUGUGACUUACAGAGGAAUCAGAAGGAACGCACAAAGUAAUGACUGUGUGUUUGGAAUGAAUGAUCAGUCCUGGAGUCUGAGCUGCUCUGAUGUUGGUGGUUACUCUGUCUGCCACAAUAAGAGAAAAACAUCUAUCCCCUCUUCCACCUCCUCCUCUGUCUCUCACAGAGUAGGAGUGUAUGUAAACUGUCUUGCUGGCAUUCUGUCCUUCUACGAAGUCUCUCUUGGCAAACUGAUCCCCCUCCACACCUUCAACACCACAUUCACUGAUCCUGUUUAUCCUGGGUUUGGUUUCUGGUCUGGUUGUUCUGGUUCCUCAGUGUCUCUGUGUUCUCUGUAGUUUAGGGUCAGAAACACCGCAGAUUGAAGAUCAGCUGCUGAAAUCAAAGCCCACCUCUCAGCUCUGUUCAGCAUCACACACACUGUGUCUUAGACUCAAACACAAUCAUCAACAUUUUAACAGUUUACAGAGGUCAUGUUCUGCUCAAUCUCAGGUUCCUAAUGUUAUUAAGUGGUUGUACCAGAACAGGUUUACAUGGUUUAACUUUUAAAAACACCAUAUUAUUUUCACCCUGUGUGUUGAACUCUCUGUUUUAGUAACCGAGUGAGGCAUCUCACCUCUGCCAACAAAGGCCAAUUUGACCAAUGGUAAUACAGCACCAAGGUGGUUAUCUCGGCACCCCGGGGAUGCACGGCUAACUGAGCUAACUAGCUAAGAUGCAGACAGAUAAUGUACAGUUAGUAACAGUUAGAGGUUUAACAAAAAGGAAAGCUAUCCAUCAUGAUCUUAUAUCAAUCAAGAAGCUCUGUAAAUCAUCUUUGUACUGGGUUCCCUGUUCUGGUUGUGUUUGGUGCUGUUCAUGCAGCGUUUAACCUUUGUAUCUACUCGCUCUAAAUCAUCUUCCUGAUGGCAGCACCUCAUAAUCUAUCUUCCCAAUCAAAAUAUUUUCUCAAUCAAAUAUGAUCCAUAUAGUGCAAAACAAAUCACAUCAUAUAUAUUUUGAUUUCAUGGGAAUGAGAGAUUUUAUUAUUGGAUGUUUCUCUAAAAAUACACUGAGCAGACAACGCCACUUUGAUACCAAGGUCCUUAUACUCUUGUCUUUAUUUGCGUAUUUGGUAUUGAAGUGAUCCAAAAUUAUUUCUCUCUGGAUGACAACAGCAGGUGAAAAUUUAUUCUACUUUCUCAAACGUGCAAGCCAUUCACACUGGGGCCCCUCAGAGAUGUAAGCUCACCCCAUCUUUUCACAUUAUAUACAUAUGAAUGCAGAAGCCGGUACAAAACAACUAUAUUUUUAAGUGUUAAGUGAUACAGCCAUACUAAGUCUACUGAAAAAUGACUCUAACAUUAAUGUUUAUAAGGCAGAGCUAGAAGAGGUGGUGCAGUGGUGUGAAGAGCACAACCUGAGACUGAAUAUAGGAAAAACUAAAGAAAUGGUAUUUGAUCCCAGGUUUAUUAGUGAUCACAUCCCUGUCUUAAUCAAUGGGGAAAGAGUAUUUAGGGAUUCAUUUUGAUCAAUUAAACUUGAUAAACAGUAAGGGAUGAGGGAUGUGGGUGUUUGUAUCAGGGGGCAGGGACUUGGUGUGGGCUUUUGUGCAACAUGCAACAUGGUUUAGCUAGGAACCGUUCUUUACUUUAAAAUGUCUUUGUUCAUUUAUCUGUAUUUACUGUCAGUGGGUGUUAGUGACCUGGAGCCGGUUGCACCAACAGGGCUUAUGCCUGGUCUUAAGGUAAGUAGGUCUUAACUCAGCAUACCGACCUAAUAGUUAUGACAGUUGCACCAUACAGGCUUAAGUCCUCUUCUCACUAAGACCGGGCGUAAAUCUUACGCCUAGUCAGUAGCAGGCGUAAAGUAAAAAUCUAGGAAAGUUUCUAUAGUAACCACUUGAUAACUCAGCAGUAAAGACAUGGCGCGCCUUAUACACAGACUUUACAAUGAGCGGGCUUUUAGACGGGAGAGAGUUAUUAGGGACAGAAGCAAUCCAUUGGACAUUUACAAUGAUGAGGAGCUGAUUCAGAGGUUUCGAUUUUGUCGGAGAGAUAUAUAUGAACUUGUUGAAGAGCUGUCACCCGACUUACAGUUUGUGUCGGAUCACAACGCAGCAUUGACACCCGCAUUACAGCUGUUUUUAUGCAAAUGCUGCGUUUCAAAACACUGUUGGAGACAUGAUUAAUGUCCACAAAUCCAGUUCCAGCUUUUCCUGCUUGGCCUGUAAUUUCUUUGUUUCAGCCUCCACUCUAACAAUUUCUUUUUCAAGAAGUGUCUGCUGCAGAUCUUCCAGCUUCCUCCUCCGUUUCAUCGGCGGUGCACCGCUGCUGCCUUCAUGAGUAUUUUGUGGAGUGACUGGGGCCUCCAUCGAGUCUGAAAAUACAGAGAAUCUGUCAUAGGCCUACUGUUAUCUGACAACUACUAAAACUGUUAGUGUAGGCUACUCCAAUAUAUAGGCUACACACCUUCACAAUUCACACUCUCGCUUGAGUGGUCGACAUCCAUCUCUGGAGAGACAGCAGUUUCUUCCAGAUCGGUACCGCCACUUUCUGCACCGACCAAACCAAUAAAAGCCGGGGAAUCCUCUCCAAAGAUAUCCACAAUUAUGGUACUGUACACGGAGGUUUUUGGGGGAGGACCCCCGCCGGUCGGGUGGUGUUUUUUUGAAGACAAAUCUUUUUUUGCUUUGCUCAGGAGGUCUUUCCACUUUUUCCUCACAUCGCUCUCUGUCCGAAGGCAGCCGGAGUCAGAGCAAUCGUUAAUCGCCUCCGUUAUCUGUUUCCAUGUUGUUUGUUUCUUCUUCUUCGUUAUUGAGUUUGAUUGCUUGGCAGUCAGUGUGUGUCUGUGCUGACUGUACAGCUCAAUUAACUUUCGUAUCUCAAUGUCGGUGAAAUUUCCUUUCCUUUUUCUUUGAUCCUCCAUUGAGACGGCUACAAGUUAACAAAACAGCGUAACCCAGCAACGCACGCUGUUAGGCAACCGCUAUAGUUCUGUGGCCAUUCACAUGAACGCGCAUCGCUAAGACCAGGCGUAGUUAAGCCUAGGCUUAAAUUUGGUUGGUGCAACCGACGUUAGGUCAACUCUAAAGACUGGUCUUAACUAAGACCUACUUAGCAGUUAGGACCAGGCUUAGUAAAGCCCUGUUGGUGCAACCGGCUCCUGAUGUCUUGUUUCACUACUACUUUUCUAUUUUUACUAUUAAGAACUGUUAGCAGGGGAGGAACGGUGAUGCAGUGUUUAGCACUGUGGUCUCACAGCAAGAAGGUCGUGAGUUCAAACCCCGGUUGCCCCGGCCUUUCUAUGUGGAGUUUGCAUGUUCUCUCCGGGUUCUUCCUCCCACUGUCCAAAGACAUGUGGCCUAGGUUGGUUGGUGACCCUAAAUUGUCCUUAGGUGUGAGUUUGAGCGUAUGGACUGGCGACCUGUCCAGGGUGUACCCUGCCUUUUGCCCGAUGUCAGCAGGAUAAGCGGUUGAGAAUGGAUGGAUGGAAUUGUUUAGCAGUCAGAAUGUGUAUUUUCUAGGAACUUAUUUAGUUAGCCUGUUUAUUCAUCUGUUAAGGGCACUAUGAAUUGUGCUUGUUCAACUUUAACAAGAGUAUAUGUUACUUUAUGAACACGUUAUAAUGAAAUGAAAUGCUCAUGAAGAAGAAUGUUAACUUCGUGGAAAGAUAAAUGAUUAAAUGUGCAAUAUAAACAUUGGAAACUUAUUGAACAGUUAAAGUAAAUCCUCAAGACACUAAGUCACGCCCCGGGAGAGUGGGAAACGAGACCCUGAGGACCUCACUGUCACGCUCGCUUACGCUUACAACUCCCUUACUCUCUGGAAGUCUCUCCUCAAACUUUCCUGCCUUCAACGAUUCCUGCCCGGAGAAAUUUUGACCUUUAUUUCCCCUUUUUGUUUUGUCAACCCCAGAGCGGGAGAUUUGAUUUGCCUUUUUCUAACAUCGUUUCCUGGAAGAAAUUGCCCAGGUCAUAUCUUUUUAGAUUUACAUCAGCAAAGUUAGUGAUUUUUACCUU